GCAAAGUAUACACGCAUACAUUGGAAACAAACCACAAAAAUCAUCCCCGAUUUCUCUUACUUUUAAGAUACCGUUCACACCUUUGCUUCCCCUUUCACACAUAUAAUCCGCCGUACUAAUUCCUACAGUCCAAACCCAUACUUUUCCCCUCUCUCUCUCUCUCUCUAUAUCGAGUUUGCGUUAACUUCUUUCCUAGUUAUUGUUCCUCAAUCGUCGGCUCUGCUUUUCGUUUUCCUCGUUUUCUUUCCUUCUAUUUCUUUUCCUGUUUUUUUUUUCCUUCCUUCUCAUAUAUGAAACACAUAUACCCUUCUUCCCCAGACCCCGAAGACCUCUCCCAAAUCUACAGACUCUUGCUCCAAACCUCAGCGCUCCACCAAAUGAGCGAAAAUGGCAAGCGAAGAAGAAACGACGACGACGACGAAAACGGUGAAAACGACGAUUCCUCGGACAAGGAAGCCAAGAAGAAGAGCCUCAAGGGAAUAAUCACUUCCCUAUUACUACUCGACGAACAAGAAAAGCACGAGAGCCAAGAGCUCGACCGAGCCUCAAACGACGAGAAAUCCCUCCUCGAUGAUAUCCACAAGAAGAAGACCAAGACCAUGCUUGAUUACUACGCCAAUUUCCAGGAUUUGAACUCGGAAAUCGAGGAAUCCAGCCGCACAAAGCGCAAAAAAUCAAGGACGGUUUCCGCCGCUGCGGCGGCGGCGGCGGUAAUUUCGGCGGAGGACGGGUCCGACAAGGCCUCCACCUCCGCCGCCACGUCAGCAGUCCACCAGCGGAGACUGUGGGUGAAGGACCGGUCGAAUGCGUGGUGGGACGAGUGCAACAGCCCGGAUUUUCCGGAGGAGGAAUUCAGGAAGGCCUUUAGGAUGGGGAAAUCCACGUUUGACAUGAUAUGCGAAGAGCUGAAUUCUGUCAUAGCGAAAGAGGAUACGACACUAAGAAACGCUAUUCCGGUUAGGCAGAGAGUCGCCGUUUGCCUUUGGAGAUUGGCCACGGGGGACCCACUUCGCCUUGUGUCGAAACGCUUCGGAUUAGGCAUAUCAACGUGCCACAAGUUGGUCCUUGAGGUUUGCUCGGCCAUUAGGACUGUCCUAAUGCCGAAAUACUUGCAGUGGCCGGAGGAGAGUGCUUUGAGGAAGAUCAAGGACGCAUUUGAGUCUGUAUCUGGGAUUCCCAAUGUUGUGGGGUCUAUGUACACUACUCAUAUUCCUAUCAUUGCUCCUAAGAUUAGUGUGGCUGCUUAUUUCAAUAAACGACAUACGGAGAGGAACCAGAAGACGUCGUAUUCGAUAACGGUGCAAGGCGUGGUUGAUCCUAGAGGAGUUUUCACCGAUGUGUGCAUUGGUUGGCCUGGCUCAAUGCCUGAUGAUCAGGUGCUUGAGAAGUCUGCCCUUUACCAAAGGGCUAAUGGGGGUCUCUUGAAAGGGGUUUGGAUUGUUGGGACUUCAGGAUAUCCGCUAAUGGAUUGGGUUUUGGUGCCUUAUACGCAGCAGAAUUUGACUUGGACUCAACAUGCGUUUAAUGAGAAGAUUGGGGAGAUUCAAAAGGUUGCUAAAGAUGCGUUUGCCAGGCUUAAAGGGAGGUGGUCUUGCCUGCAGAGGCGAACCGAGGUCAAACUCCAGGACCUGCCUGUGGUCCUUGGGGCUUGCUGUGUUUUGCACAACAUUUGUGAGUUGAAGAAUGAGGAGAUGGAUCCCCAACAUGAGUUUGAGCUUUUCGACGAUGAGAUGGUCCCGGAUGUCAUUUUGAGGUCCGAGAGCUCGAGAUUGGCGAGGGAUACGAUUGCGCAUAAUCUCUUGCACCAUGGCCUUGCAGGCACUUCUUUUCUCUAGUGCUUUUAAUGAUUUGUGUAAUUUUUUCUGCUCUAUAUUGUGAUUCUUUUGAUUAUUGGCUUGUUAUAGUUACUUCUGUUGUUAGAAAGAUUAUACACUCAUUUGUACUGAAGGGGUCCUGUAAAAGAUGAACCUACCCCUUCCCUCAGAUUAAUGGUUGUAAUCUUUAUCAUAGGAUUGACUCAAGUUAUACUUCACGGUUACUAGAAAACGUGCCCCGACCUAGGUUUCCUUCAAUUCUAUUAACAAAACAAGAGAUGAAUAAAAAAAAAAUGAAAAAUAAGCUUUA